AUGCCAAUUGAGCUCCACGGCAAAGGUGCGGCGGCGCUGCGGACGUUCCUGACGACGCAUUUAAGCGCGGAGCAGCUGAAACGACGCGACGUAAAGGCGCUGCUACUUUCGCUGCCUACAGAGCGAAAGAAUGUGCUGCAGAUGAUCGAGUUACGGCAAGUAGCAGCGCUGCUGAGAGAGUUGCGAGCCGAUGAGCCAUCGACGCCUAGUCUAGUGUCGCUAUUGCGACAAGAAGGAGGCGUUCAAGCUCGAGUUGCCGCUAUGUUGAUGGAUGAGGAAGAGAAGAAGAGGGUGCAUGAGAAGGAGGAGAAGAGGAGCAAGUACUUGAUGAAGCGACGCAAAGUGCUGCGGCGUCUGGACGAAGAUAUGCGGUAUGACAGUUUGGUCCGCAAUGUUACGCCUCAGUCGAACAGAAGAGAGUGGACGCAGUAUGAGACAAACGUGCAUCAGCAUUUGUCUGUUGGCGCUAAUAUGGUGAUGGCUCGGAUCACGGCGUUUGGAGCCGUGUACUUUGUGGCUCGAAACGUCACGGACAAUGAGACGACGAGACUUGUGGCUGGACUCGGAGGUGCUAUUGUCAUGAUGGUUAUUGAGAUGGUGCUGUUCAUUGCGCGUGCAGCUAAGAUGGAUCAGCUCGAGAGGAAGCUUACAACGCAUUGGAGGUGCGUGUAG